UUUCUCUGCAGCUGGUACUUGAAGACUCCACACUCUCCCUCCAGAGAAAAGAAACCAUCUAUCUAAAUUAGCUGUUCUCCCUCGUCCCUCGUUUCUCCCUCCGCCAGCCGCCACCCCCACCGCUUCCAUUGUGUAGUGCGUUUAGCUCCGCUUCCUGGGUGAGACCUUAACCUCGUUUGUAGCAGGAGGGAUUACUGAGAAUUUCGGAACCUUGAGUUGCAAUGGAGCUGUAUGGAAAGAUGGCCUCUGCCCAAGAUGCCAGGUACGGCCAGAAAGACUCCUCUGAUCAGAACUUUGACUACAUGUUCAAGUUGCUCAUCAUUGGCAAUAGCAGUGUGGGGAAAACAUCUUUUCUGUUCCGUUACGCGGAUGACUCCUUUACAUCUGCAUUCGUCAGCACAGUUGGGAUUGAUUUCAAAGUCAAAACUGUAUUCAAAAAUGAAAAGAGAAUCAAGCUUCAGAUUUGGGACACAGCAGGCCAGGAAAGAUACAGGACUAUCACCACAGCCUAUUAUCGUGGAGCCAUGGGCUUUAUUUUAAUGUAUGACAUCACAAAUGAAGAAUCCUUCAAUGCAGUACAGGACUGGUCAACUCAAAUCAAAACAUACUCAUGGGAUAAUGCCCAGGUUAUCCUGGUUGGGAACAAAUGUGACAUGGAAGAUGAGCGAGUCAUCUCAACUGAGAGGGGCCAACAUUUAGGAGAACAGCUUGGUUUUGAGUUUUUUGAAACAAGUGCCAAGGAUAACGUUAAUGUGAAGCAGACAUUUGAGCGUCUCGUGGAUAUCAUCUGCGACAAAAUGUCCGAGAGUUUGGAGACAGAUCCAGCCAUCACUGCCGCAAAGCAGAACACGAGGCUCAGGGAAACCCCUCCCCCACCGCAGCCCAACUGUGGCUGUUAGUGUCCCGGUACAGGCAGCUCCACAGGGGUUGGUUGCUAAAAAUAGCAUUUAUAAAUGGUCAAUUAGCCUUCAUUUAUACUGCCUAAUAAUUAUUUGAGGGAAAUCUUUGAUGUCUGUGGCUCGAACAUGCAUUCAAUUCCGGGGAGAUUUCCGGUGUUAAUAAGUGGCAAAUAUGUGAUCUUAACUUUGUAAGGACUAUCCAUCUAUAAACACCUGAUGUUUGCAUGUGAUUUGUUAUUUGUCUUCUAGGCUCUUUUGGUUUCGGGUUUCUUAGAUUAAGCUACUGCUGGGACCUCCGAUUAUAAUUUCAGUACAGCUGAGUUUUGGGCUACGGGUUCAAAUUAUACUAUUCACUUGUAGGGAUAAUAACCAAGAAAUUGGCUGUGUGUGUGGUGUGAGCAGGGCGAGAUCUCAGGAGACCUUAUUUGCUUUACUCUCAAUCGAAAAUCAAGUGGAAAUGUUACUCAUGAUUAGGGAGACUGUCAUGGAUCUUGUUGGUGUACUGCUCAGGAAAGGUAUCUAUUUUUCAGUGUUACUAUACCUGAGAAGACCAUUGACUAUAAAGAAAUAUGAAAUAUUGUUUAAGGCCCUUGCAAAUUCACCAAGAGAUUAAUAUUUACCUGACUGGAAGUAGAUUUUAACAGUAGUCUUAGUUUAGAUGUUUAAAUAAGGAAUACCUAACCCAAGACUGCACCACCCAACAUUCUGAAUAUUUGAGGGCACUGACAGAGGUAUCUGCUGAAUGUGUUAUGUAACAAGCGUCUUAACCAAGAAGGAUAUGAGUAGCAGUGGGAUUCCAAGGCCUGAGCUCCCCCCAUGACAUAUACCACCACGACUUUCUGGAACCAUCACCAACUCUUGGAACAGAGGUUAAGUUGAAGCUUGUUAGAGCCCCUCUUCCCAUGGGAUGUAGGCUUGCUUCCCCCAAACAUUACCUUCUGCUUGCACCUCCCUAGGUUCUUUUACCUGGCAAGAAGUCAUUUAAACAGUAUCUCCAUGGCUCUCAGAUUGAGGAAAAGACAAUUAUCAUCUCUAAUCUUUUUCAAUCCAAGUAUUUAUACCUUUAAGGCACAUCCCCAUUCUGUAAGCCUUUAAACAUGUGUAAGUUACUCAGAGACCCCUCUUUGGAGCUGAGAGUUACAGAAAAAUCUUAGGAUGCCGUAAGCAAUUUGAGAGGAGAAAGGAAACCAUUUGAACACCCAGAUUCUUUCUCCUAGAGAUUCUUUCUCCUGGAUUUCCUGAAGACCAUAUAUGAUUAACAAGCAAACCAAUCCCACCAGCGAUUCUAAGUGAGGACUGAAAAGAGACACAGCAUCUGUAUCACCACCCAGCAUUGUUUACAGCUAGGACUUUAAGUCAGCAGGCACACAUUGGCAUAUUUGGAAGGGCAGUUCCAUUAAGUGAACGUUCCCCUUUUUUGGUGAUCAUGUUAAAGAUUUUUUUUCUCUUUUCAAAAAUAGAGACACUUCCCAUGAAACUAUUGAGUGCAAGAUUUUUGAGCAAGGAUAUUGAUAGGGAAAGAUGCAUAUCUAAAGAUAUCUCUGGAGAAUUAAAUGCCUGCAAGUCAGGGAACUAGGUCACAUACAUUACUAGUAAGUUAGAAGAUGAAAAUUACAGGAGAAAGCAUUUGGGAUGUCUUAAGCAUAUCCACAUUCUUAUUAUUUCUCAUCUUAGCUUAAGAUCCACUAAUUGGCAAUAAAUUUUCACUUUGGCACUCUGCAAGGUAGACCUUAGCCUAGUGAAGGCAAGAAGACAUUAAUGCCGUACUAGAUUUUAAUGGGGCAACUAGCUUCAAAAAUCACAGAAAUUAAAGUGAAGGGAAGAAAGAGAAGACAGGGGCCAUCAAAGCAGAUUUGUUUCCAACAGAAACCUGUUUGCAUGAUAUUGUAAUAUUUCUUUAACAUGGUCUAGAAAAUGGCCAUGUUAAAUGAUAUAGCUGUUAAGCUGACUUUUACAAUCUAAUAUGAAGCAAUAGAAUCAGGAAGACCUUCCCAUCCUCUCUCAGACCUGAUCUCACAUACAUACGUACAGAUGGCAAGGACCUAAAUAUGAUGUCUCAGAUGGCUUUUUCAGAAGGAUGUUGAUAUGCAUAUUAUUGUAAAAUGGAAAGCAAAAUCAGAGAGGGUAGAAAAUUGGAAAGAAAGUUGAGUUUUGCCCUCUUGUAAACUCCUUCCCUGAAGAGCUAAUUGCCAUUGAAAUUAAAUGGCUCUAGAACCAGAAGACCUAAGCCAAGUACCCACUUACACAAUGUCAAACAUACCAGACUUGAGCUACUGUAUGCCAGUCAGGGGAGCAUAAUGCAAGAAUGGCCCAGGUGUCAGUGACAAGGGACAUACAAUAAUUUCUAUUUUCCAAACCUCAAUGGAAGUAGAGGCUUACUAAUUGAUUCACAGUUCUGAAGCCCCUACCCCAGUGUGAACUUCACUAAGUGAGACGCUUCCAAAAAGGAUUGUCACAGAGCUCAAUGAAUUGAGCACCUAUGCUCCUGCUGUAAAGCACAUGGAAAGAGAGAGAAAUUCUCUAUUCCUAAUCUCAUCAAGAGAUCCUGGUUUUAAAAUCAAGUUUGGCAAAAGAAGAACCAGCCUAGGAUUAACUAAGUAAACUUCUAUUGGCAUCAAGCUAUAUUAUUUAUAACACUGUGGUUCCUAGGUUUUUCACCCUUUAGGCCAUCAUGCACACAAAUGUGUAUACACACACACAUGCAUACAAUACCUCCCAUAUUCUGUCUGCCAACAGCUUAAAUAACCACAGAUCAUUUUUACUAAUGGCCUAACUAAAUUUGUAUUCAAAAGAACAAAGACAUCUUACAAAGUGUAUGUUUGUGUUAGUGUGUAAAUUGUAGACAUCCAUCUUUUGUCUUUGAUGCAACUCAAUUAGUGUUUCAAGAACAAAUUUCUCUUCCUCUGUCACCCUUCUCCUCAUCACCCCAUCCCUCCGAUUACUUUCAUAAUCAAACCUUGAUUGUUUUGAGCAGAUACUUCCAAGAGCUUUGGUUUGGGGACAUUCCUUUCCAUUCUAAAUGUAAAUGAAAAAUUGGACUGGAAAUUAUUUCCUCUAAACAGCCAUUUAGUGGACCCGCAUUUCAGCUUUCGGGGAUGUGAGUGGAUGUAGAAGGUGCAUAAAGUUUCUUAAGUCCUAAGAUGGCAGUUUACAAGUUAGCAUUUUAUCUAUGGGCUUAUAAGAAGAAUUGCUUUAAGACAGUGAAUUAGUUCAUUGCCACUGCCCCCGCUGAGCAACCUCCACUGCCUUGAUGAACUUCUAACCACCUCUUUAGGUUAACUUAAAAUCAUUAUCCCUUUGCCCGCCUAGUAAAUAAGUGCUAAGAUUUUUAUUUGGAAUGGGAACUAUGAUGAUGUCUUUGGUUGUUGCAGAAAGCUGCAGCAUUAUGUUAAAUGUGAACUAUAAAUUCCACUACAACCGCAAUUAUGCAAGACAUCUAUAUACUCAACAAACAAAUAUGUAUUUCACCUACUUAACUCUUAUCCAGAUUAAUAACAGCUCUUUGGUUCAGCACAUUGGUUAUCUUUCAGGAACUAAUUUAAACUUCCAAUUUUAACUACAUCUAUGCUGAGGAUAGACUUUCAGGGAUGCAAUGUUCUUGUUUUAAAGUAAAAUACAGUCUACUGUUAACUGAACUUCCAUGAAGCAACAUUAAUUUUGGAGCAUGGCAGUCGGUAAUCAGUGGCUCAUUUUGAUGUGCUUUAUCCAAUGUGUCUCUUUGUGUUCAGUGAGGAUAUACUGUGCCAUCCUUCAGUCAACUGUGUGGCAUCUGUGGGACUAUAUUAAAAAUGUAUCCAGACUCUACAAAGCUAUCCCAAGGCUGAGGUAGCAGCUGCAUGUGAAAUACUAAGAUAAAUCUUAAAGUCAUGAUUAAAACCCUUCUAGGUCAAAAAGUGUUUAAUAAUUUUCAUAUACUAUUGGAAUGCUCCAUCAGGAAUUUUUGGCACGGCAUACUUGGGAGGUGACCUUUCUGUCUGAAGAAUGCUCUCUCUCUCUCUAAAUUAUAGUUUGCAUGACUGGUAACUAGAACUCUUUGUUCCUUUGUGUGUGUACUCACUCAGUGUGCCAUGUCAGGCUGCCAUGUGAGCAACUAGACCCAUGUGGCCUUUCUAAUCACCCCCUAGAAGAUGCAGCCACUCCAGCUCUGCUUGGCUUUGCCCAUAUGUGUAUAAUACCUGUUUUAGGGGUCUACCAGUAAAAUGGUGAAGUCUUUCUGAUCAACUGAAACAUCAGAGUCAGCUUUUUAGAUUCUUUUAUAUUUUAGGUAAAUUUUUGAUCAAAGCCAGUUAAAGACAUAAACCUGUUUUAUAUUCUGAAACAAAUUGGGGAAACUGGGUAAAAGAUGAAGUUUAUAACCAGGAAAAAAAGCAUCUUGAUUAUCUCUACAGUACACCUAAAGGGUUCCAGGUUCUAAAAAUACAAUAUCCUCUAAGGGGACAAAAACAGGUCUAGAGAAUUUAUUUAAAAUAUAUCCACCUAUUGUUGUUUCAUAAAUAAAUGUUUUUUUCUUAAAAACCUUUACAGGAAUGCUUGACACUCUAGUCAAAUACUUCCCUUAAGGAGAUUAAAAUAUUUACACUUGGGCCACACAGAUAGUGUUGCCCCUCCCAGCACAUACACACUCAAACACGGAUACCUUUUCUAUGAAGGAAAAUUUCCAUAUAUGGUGCUUUCUCAGUGCUAGGGAAAAGGGAGCUUUUACUAUGCUCCAACAGCUGUAACUGGCAUUUCCCUUAAAAAGGUCUACAAAAUAGAUUCUUCACACUAAUUUGAUUCGCAUCUGUGCAGAGAAUUAAUUCCCAUUAAAAGGGGAGGAUAGAGAGAAUAUAUUUUGCAAACCUUCUAAAGAAAAGAAAUUACUUCAAAGCCUCUAUCAGAGCUCGAGUAUUAAGAUCAGACCAUGUAGCUAGUGGACAAAUUGAGCUUUCUAUUUACAAUUCUCUUUUCUACUUCCUGAUUUUUUAUCAUUUCAGUUUUUUAAAGCACUAUCCUCACAGAGUGACAGGACCAAGAACAGGAAAUGAGACUCAAGUUUCACCAUUUACCUCCCAUCAGUACAGUUAGUGGUAGUUUCAACUGGUCAUUACUUGCUGAAAUGAGGUUGGGGGGGGGGGUACCUGUGUAUUUCAUUCACCUGUGUUCAUACUUUCCUUCAUUGUGGACAACUGAGAGUUGGUUGUGGCUUUAUUUCUUAAUGGAAAUGUUUCCAUGGUCAUAUUAUUUGGCACUAGAGGUUGCUUAGGUUCAUGAAUGCCAUUCUUAAACAUGCAGAUGGUACAUGAGCCACAGACACCUGGCCUUUCAGGGACGUGAGCAUAGAUUACAUCUGUCUAGUGGUUCCAUACACCUCAUAAAAGUGAAAUCUGGGGAUUGUUUGCUGUUUCAGUAUGAUGGUUUUCCAUGCAUUGUCUCAUCAUCCCUAGGAUAUGUGCUGAAUGAAAACUUCCUGUAAUUCCUGUUAAUAUAUUGUUAAUGUCAGACGUGAUGUGAUGCCGUUGAACUGUCCAAAUGUACAACUACUUAAUGGUGUUUGUGGAACUGAAAUGUCUUAAAUGUUGCAUGAAAUAUGUUAUAAAAAUAGAUUUGUUUUCUAUUUUUCAACACCUCAGAAUUGAGGGUUCAUGGGCCAAUAAGUGCAAUAUUUAAUGACUUACUCAGUGUAUAUAAACUAGUGUGAAAGAGUGAAUUAUAAUGAAUGUGUGAGAUGCUUUGAUGGCUGUUUGACUUACUCAGAUUAUUUCGUGUAGCUGUAUUUGUCUAGUGGUACAAUUUAUACAGUAAAUACCUUAUUGGUGUCAUGUGAAACUCCUCUGUGCCUACUUCAAGGUAUGUUUUUUUUCCCCCUAUAAGACCAAACAUUUAGGAUCUGGGAAUAUAUGUCAAUUUUGCCUUUUAGAAUUGUGGAUUUUAUUUUCAAGACAGAAUGACUGUUAGUUUAUUUUAUAUAGGCAUUCCCUUCUUUAAUUCAGAAUUUUCCUUAAGCCUUUUAUAAGAGGUUAAUUUAGAAACCUAAGAAAAAAUAUGCACAUAAGGAAAAGUCAUUUUUAUUUUUCUCUAAAAUGUUGAUCACAUGUUCUGUCUCCUAAGAAUUUUCACUCAUAUUUUUGUGUAUAUUUUAUUGUUACUCAACCUUGUGUUUUGUUUGCAAAUUUAACACUGUCAAUCCUGAGAAUCCUAAAAUAUUGAUGUCUUUUUAGGUUGUAGCUAAUGUUAUAUUCACUUUCAAUUCUCAAUUGUCCACACUGAUAAUAUAGGAGAAACAAGUCAGAAUCCUUAAAUCACUUUGGUAUGUCAUCAUAAACUCAUAUAUUUGUCCUCAGACUCCCUUGGUUAAUCUCAUAAUUGGUGGCCUAGAACUUCACUGAGAUACAAAAUCAAGAAAUUAGGCCUGGUUGCUGGAUUACCAAAAACUAUGUAUUUAUGUAUAUGAAGUUUCAAGUAGGACAACUACCUUAAACUCCUAUUUGCCAUUUUAAUUUUUAAGGCCAAACACUCAUUUUAAUACUGUUUUUGCCUUUUCAUUUAGUUAGAGUAAAUCAUGAUACCCUUGGGAAAAACGUUGAGUUUUUCACUAAAAAUGAUGAAAAACUGUUGGUUUUAGAUGACCAUGGCCCUCUGUACAUCACAGGAAGCCUUCAGUUCUAUGGCAAUUGCCUGAAAUUGACAUGUGAGAAUGUGCCAAUCAUAUUAAAUGGCUUUGGGCCACUACCAGCGAUAUGUGGCCCUAUUUUACAUGUGAUAGCCUGCUCUCGGACCCACAGAAGUCAAGUAGAGGUGGGUGAAACAGGGAGGUUAGAGACUACUUCGUGCCAAAUUUAAAAAAAAGAAAAAUGUAAGCAGGUAGCCAACAUUAGAAUGAUAAUUUAAGGGUGUGUUUAAAUGUUUAGUCGUCAAUAGUUACUGAAUACCAUGUGCUCAGUGCUGUGGGAAUCAAACAUGGAAGAGGUAUGGCUCUGGCCUCUAAUAAGCUUACUGACUGAAGAACAAGGAACAAAAUACCAGGAUAUGAUCUAAAUGCUAUGUUCUGUCAGGCUAUAGGAGCACAGAGAAUGGGAGACCUACAAAAACAGGAAAAGUCAAGAAUGGCUCCAUUGAAGAGGUGAGACAUGAUCCCAGAAAGAAUUAGAUAGAGGAGACUGUGCCAGGCAAAUAAAUGGGAAAGGUCACAGUUUGUUCCCUUGAAUGGAAGGGGGACAGAGCUGGCAGUUAGAGAUCAUUGUUUUCCUCCAGAGAACAAGACUGGCCCUCGGAAACCCAACAAAUUACCCCAGUUUGCUUCUCUCUGUUUUUAUCCCCAUGAGGAAAGCAAGCUGCAGUAUCGUCAUAUUCCUCUGUGCUGAACAGCCCCAGACUCGGGCCCAAAACACAAAUUAAUUUGAAGCUCAUAAGAACAGUAGAUUUAGACAUUUUGCCCAUGCACCAAACCACAAGGCAUCGUCAAAUCCAGUGUCAACCAGGCAGAUGUGAGCCCAGAGAUUUUUCUGUGGUUCUGUGUUUCCCAUAAAGGGUGUGGGGAAGUGCAUAGAUGAAUACCUUCCUUUGUAACCAGGCACUUUUGGCUCCUUCUUAGUGACUGCACUGUGGAGCUCUUCUUGAGGAAAAAUUGAGUAACGGCUUAAUGCUUUCAUAUAGUGAUCGUGAUGUUUAUUUGAAAACUACUGCUGCACAGCAAAUAUUAUGACUCUUCAUGUGUCCACAGGAGCUCUUGUCUGGGUUUAACGCUAUAAAGUGUAUUCACAUUGUGAAGUUUUAAUUCUCUUUAUUAAAAUUAAUUGUGUAAGAACUGUAUGUGCUCUAUUAGGUAUUAAGUUCGUAUGUGAAUUCUGUAUAGAAAGUGGUUUUUGUUCUUUGGGUUUAUCUUGUUUUAUUUUUUGGAGAUUACAAUAAAUAUCUAAGAGACUAUAUUCCUGAAUUUCUCAGUCUUGGUCUGAGAACUUUUUUCAUCUCCUCUCAAUUUGUAUUACUUUUGGUCCUAGGAUACCUAUUUCCAUUUUUUUCCUUCCUCAUCUACAAUCCUAGGCACAGUGCUGAGCUUGAACUAGAGACAGAAUGAGUGUAUUUUUAUUUAGGGCUAUGAGUUUCCUACACAUAAUUUUGGACUUAGGCAAAGGAGUUAACUCUAACAUUUGUCAUCUUUUAAGGUAGGUAACUUUUUAUACCUGACUGACUAUAUUCCAGAAUCAAAGCUCUUGGUUGUAGAAUCAAGAAAGUCUGCUAUGGUAUUAAAAAGUCACCUCUGCUACCUGAAGACCAUGUGUUCCUGUAUCUGAAUUCUAGGAUCCAAUGAUUAUUUUGCAACCCACUGACACAUCCUGGGAAAGAAGCAUUCAACCAGGCAAUGUAUGGAUGGGAUGUGUGAGUGGUAUAGGCUUUUUUAAAUGUAUGGUUUGUGAUGCAGUGAUGCUCCAGGUUAUAUGCAGGAUUGCCUUGGUCUUGGACCUCAGAGUGUGGUGAAGCACCCAGUUAUCCAUCUAUUUGCAUCACAGCAGAUCUACUACUAAUUUUAAGAUUGCUUAAUGUUCUAAUCAUGCAACCAGCUCUAUUUCCACAUAUUUUCUUUCAAAUAUGCCUCUAAAGCUGUUUCCCAAACUCUGUGCUAAAAAUAAGCCAAGAGAGAUGGUCCUAGGAAUAUCCACAUGGGUCCACAAGGGUCAAAAUAACUUUCUGAACAGAAUUCAAUGACAAGAGGGUCACCUGUCUGUCUAGACAAAGCAGGCAACAUGCAAAGAAUCAAAAUUAAUGGAAAAUAAUAAAUUAAGGGACUUCCAGUUAUAUUAAUCAAACAUUUAUAGAAUGUCUUCUAUGUGCUAAUUUCUUGGUGUACAUGAAAAUACAUAAAUAGAAUACUACCUCAAUGAACUCAUACAA